AUCAAACUUUUGGAGUGCUUCUUGAUGAGAGAGCCAAAAAAGAUUUGAAGUCUGUGCCACAAAUUGUGACAAAGAUUCUUAGAACAUCUUGUUGGAGUGAAUCAGACAAAAGGCUCAUAUGGAUAACAAAUAUAUCUUUGGCCGUAAUCCAUGAACUUCGUGAAGCAAUUAAUGAUGGUGGGAAAAUUAAUAUGAGAAAAUUGAGGGAGUACGACAUGACGACUGUUGCUGGAGUACUUAUGUUAUAUUUUAAGGAAUUACCAGAGUGUUUACUUACUUUUGAAUUAUAUGAGCCCGUUAGGCUAUUAUAUUCUAUUAGUUCUGAUGAUCAAAAUGAGAGUACACGAAUAACAUCUGUCGCAAAUUUACUAAUUACAUCUCUUCCUGAUGUAAAUUAUGCAACUUUGGAUACAUUAAUCUCAUAUUUACAUCGUCUAGUAAAAUCAACAAAUGCAGAUGAUAAAUAUAUUACAGCCUUAUCACAGACUUUCGGUUUAAUCUUAUUGAGACCACAGACUGAAACAUCUGUAUUUCUUCAUGAUAAGCAUCCUCAGCGAUUGGUUAAAGAUCUUAUAGUUCAUUAUGAAACAAUUUUCAAAGGUCCAAACAAUAAAUUUGUUAGACGUUCAGGAAGUCGUGAUUCAGUGCAAUCUUCGCGUUCUAAUCGAUCUAAUCAUACCAGAGAAAGUUCUAGUACAAUUACAGCUAAUGGAAUUAGGGAUAGCAUUUCUUCGGUAUCCUCAAGUCGUAGAGAGAGCACAUCAACUAUUGCUCUAGCUAGGUCAAAUGGAACGAAUUCUGUGAUCUCAAUUGUAGAAAGAAAUAUUCAAGAAGUUAGCAAUAGAUUAAAUUCACCUACAAAAGAAAACUUAUCAAAAGAAAGCAUAUCUCAGGUUGUUUCUAAUGGAUCCAUAGAUAAUAAUGAUGAACCUCAUGUGGCAUCUCCCACCAAUUUGGAAUCAGAAACACUCAUACCAUUAUCACAUAAUAAUUUAGCAAUGCAUAAUAUAUCUAUUAACAAUAAUAUGUCUGCUUCUAGCUCCAUUGAUUCAGAGACUCCAGUAUCAGUAUCAAACAUCAAUCGAGAGAAUUCUACAUCACAAAACGAUAUGUCCAACAAUAGUCCAAAUAAUUUAACAGAUUCACAAAACCCAACGGUUCGUCCUAUA